CGAUGUUGUCCACGUCCCAACUCUUUCCACCACCACAUCUUCCGCCAUCAACUCGGGCGAAUGUGACGCUCGGAACACGGCAUCAUCAAAGUCGCGCAACAGUCAAAUCGUUGAUCCGCCGGAGCUUCGAGACGUAUAGGUUGAACAAAUCGAGACCACCCGUUGGAGGCGUUGCAUUAUCCACGAGUACAUAUGGGAUUGUUUGGCCUUGCGAGCGAUAAUCGGUGAAGGCAUAUGCAGCAGUCAUAGGGAAACGCCGUCUUCCUGUUUCGACAGGUGUCACAGAAUCUUUAAGGCCGUCAAGGCGUGAUGCUUGGGUCCUGCUCAGCUUGACAAUAACAUAUACAGUCUGAUAGCCGCGCAAUGAACAAGUCCCUGAAGGUGCUCAUUAGGCAGAGGAUAAUUCAGGUAUCUUGACCAAGGAUGAGUUUGCUAUCGAUAACUGGCCGACUCACAGUGAUAGUGCCAAGGACGCCUUGGAAGCUAUGGUCAAAACUCAUCAUGUCAUCCCGGUUCCGGCCUAUGACCUCCAGGGAAACCACAUCAAGCCCAGGCACUCGGCAGUCAAAGACCCGUCGUCUCCUACGCCGGGGCAUUACCUUGUCCCCCCGAUCUGGCGACUGGCGCGGCGGCUACAAACGCAGCUGCAGGACGUGGGGGUGGUGUUCACCUGGUUAGCGGGGCAUCGGGGCAUCGAGGGGAAUGAAAGAGCGGAUGAGGAGGCAAAGAAUGCCGCAACGGAGGGUAGGCAGGCGAAUGGGGGAAGGGUCCUCCCUAAGCAUCUUAGGGGGGUGCUGCCGGCGAGUAUAUCUGCGCUCAAGCAGAAGAUGGUUGCCGACCUGAAGGCGACUUGGUCGCAGCGCUGGGCUUUGGCGGAACGGGCGCAUCGCCUGCGUGCGCUAGGAUACAACGCCGUUGCGACCGACCGCCACAUAUCACAGAUAUCGGCGCUUCCCCGCCGGCAGGGCACUCUGCUCACACACCUGCGCACUCGUCAUAUCGCCUUGGAUGCCUUCCUUCACCGCAUCCGAGUUAUCGAUGACCCCUCCUGCAAGCACUGCACCCGCGGGGUCGACGAGACGAUUAGGCACUACCUCUUCGAAUGCCCAGCCUGGGAGGAGGCUCGGCGGCGACUAGCCAGAUCGGCGGGGCGGAAGGCCGAAUCCCUGUCCUACCUGUUGAACAGCUCGAAAGGUGUCAAGCUAUUGAUGUCGUUCAUCAACUCGACCAAACGGUUCCAGCAGAUAUAUGGAGACAUUGACAGGAAGAAGUAUUCAGCCUAA